AUGAACCCAAACCAAACACCAACCCCCAAUCCCAAACGCCGCCGUCUAAACACCACCACAACCCUAUCAUCACCCUCAUCAACGCUCACGAAACCAUUCAAAUCGCCUCUGCGCAGACCAGCACCAGCCCAAGCAUCAGCCCCAGAUACUACCACCAACGCAACUACCACAAACACACCCUCUUCAUCCUCCAAAGACCCAACAACCACACGACCCCAAAUACAAUCCCACACAUCAACACCCGCCACCCCCAAACCCAACCCCUCAUCUUUCACCACCCCAAUCCCCAAAUCCACCCCCAAAAAUACCCCUACCCCCAAAGAAAAGCAGAAGCCAAAAGAAGAAGAAGACCCCACCCUCUCCACCCUCCGCACCACCCACCGGCACCUCCAAUCCCGACUCCUUUCUCUCCGCACCGAACUAGAAACAGUCACUCAGGCGCAGCGCAUCGAGGAAUCCCACCGCGAUGAGGAACUAGAGAAGUUGAUUGUGAAGUGGAGGGGUGUGGGGCAAAGGGUUGCGGAGGAGGUGUUUGAGGGGGCGAGGGAGAGGGUUGUGAGGAUGGGGGGUGUGAGGGGGUGGAAGGGGAUGGAGAUGAGUAGGAGUGGUGGUGGUGGUGGGUGGGGAGAUGAUUAUGGCCAUAAUCAUGAGAAGAAGGGUGGGGUAAAGGAGAUGGAUGAGGAAGAAGAGGAGGAAGAGUUCACGAUCGGGAUGAUGUUGAAGACGAUGGGGAUUGAUUUCAAGGUUAUUGGGUUUGAUGGUGAGGGGCAGAGGUGGGUGUGA